AUGGGCUCGGACAAGACCCCUCCAAGCAUCUCCCCCGAAAGCAAGCCCUGCCGCAAAGUGGCGGUGAAGAAGAUCACCAUUGGCGACGCGCGCAGCAUGAAGCACGCCUUCCGUGAGAUCAAAAUCAUCCGCCGCCUGGACCACGACAACAUCGUGAAGGUGUACGAGGUGCUGGGCCCCAAGGGCGCCUGCCUGCGUGGGGAUUUCUUCAAGUUCAACAUGGUGUACAUCGUCCAGGAGUACAUGGAGACGGACCUGGCACGCCUGCUGGAGCAGGGGAAGCUCGCCGAGGAGCACGCCAAGCUCUUCAUGUACCAGCUGCUGCGGGGGCUCAAGUACAUCCACUCGGCCAACGUCCUCCACCGGGACCUCAAGCCAGCCAAUAUUUUCAUCAGCACGGAGGAUCUGGUGCUGAAGAUCGGAGACUUCGGGCUGGCCAGGAUCGUGGAUCAGCAUUACUCGCACAAGGGUUACCUUUCUGAAGGCUUAGUAACGAAAUGGUACCGCUCCCCCCGGCUCCUCCUCUCGCCAAACAACUACACCAAAGCCAUUGACAUGUGGGCAGCCGGCUGCAUCCUAGCCGAGAUGCUGACGGGAAGGAUGCUCUUUGCUGGGGGUCACGAGCUGGAACAGAUGCAGCUUAUUCUGGAGACAAUUCCCGUUGUCCACGAGGAGGACAAAGAGGAGCUGCUCAAAGUGAUGCCCACGUUUAUCAACAGCACCUGGGAAGUGAGGAAGCCGCUGCGUAAGCUGCUCCCCGAAGUGGACAGUGAAGCUAUUGAUUUUCUGGAGAAAAUACUGACAUUUAACCCUAUGGAUCGAUUAACGGCUGAGAUGGGUCUGCAGCAUCCUUACAUGAGUCAGUAUUCCUGCCCUGAGGAUGAACCAGUGUCUCAGCAUCCGUUCCGGAUUGAGGAUGAGAUUGAUGAUAUUUUACUGAUGGAAGCCAACCAGAGCCAGAUGUCUAACUCGGACAGAUAUCACAUAAGCCUCUCCUCUGACCUGGAAUGGAGGCACGAUAAAUACCACGACAUGGAUGAUGUCCAGCGGGACCCUCGGGCAGGGUCUGAAUCCAUUGCUGAGGAAGCACAAGUUGAUCCACGGAAGUACUCACAGAGCAGCUCGGAGAGGUUCUUGGAGCUCUCCCACUCAUCCAUGGACCGAGUAUUUGACGCUGAUUGUGGGAAAUCAUGUGAUUACAAAGUGGGGUCACCUUCCUACUUGGACAAAUUGCUGUGGAGGGACAAUAAGCCCCAUCACUACUCGGAGCCCAAGCUUAUCUUAGAUUUAUCACAUUGGAAAAGAGCAACCAUAGCACCCACAGCUGAGCUGUCGCUGGAAGAAGAACCAUCCAACCUCUUCCUGGAGAUUGCUCAGUGGGUGAAGAGCACGCAGGUGGGUCUCGAGUGUCCCAGUCCACUUCCAGAGAUUCAGGAACGGAGCCUGCCAUCUUCUCCUCACCACCUCCACAAAGAACCCACGGAGGUGAACAGCAAAAAAGACUCUGAGUUUGACUUGGAUGUCUUCAUCUCCAGGGCACUGAAACUUUGCACAAAAUCUGAGGAUCUUCCAGACAACAAGCUCAAUGACAUCAACGGGGCCUGCAUCUCCGAGCACCCCAGCGAGAUUGUACAAACAGAUGUGUACCAGAAAGACAGAUGGUGA